AUGUACAUAGCAAUUCUUGCUUUGUUCUUUCUUGAACCAAAAGUAAAACCUCCGUCUGGUUCGUCACCACCACCGAAGAUGUCCAGGCUAUGGCGGUCUCUAUGUCUGCUCCUCACGGUCUUGUUCUUCUGUAUUUCCGGUCCGGUUCUAGCUCAAAACCGAACCGGAGCCACCACUCAUCCCGACGAUGCACGAGCUUUGAACUCGAUCUUCGCUGCUUGGAAGAAACGGGCACCCAAGGAAUGGAACACCACCGGCGAUCUUUGCUCCGGCGCCGCCAUCGACGACAGUGUCACCGACGCCAACCCUGCGUACAACCCUCUUAUCAAAUGCGACUGCAAUUUCCAAAACUCCACAAUCUGCCGCAUCACUACUCUCAAGGUUUAUGCCAUUGAUGUUGUUGGACCUAUACCUCAAGAGCUUUGGACUUUGGAAUAUCUCACAAAUUUGAACUUGGCUCAAAAUGUUCUCACAGGCUCCCUGCCUCCUGCAAUUGGAAACUUGACCCGAAUGCAAUAUAUGACUUUUGGGAUCAAUGCCUUGUCUGGCCCUGUUCCUAAGGAAAUUGGUUUGCUUAAAGAUUUAAUAUCACUUAGCCUUAGUUCAAAUAAUUUUUCCGGUGCUAUACCAGCUGAGAUCGGGAGUUGUACAAAACUACAGAAAUUGUACCUAGGAAGUUCUGGACUGAGUGGGGAAAUACCUUCAUCAUUUGCUAAUCUUGUGGAGCUGGAAGAGGCUUUGAUCACGGAUCUGGAAGUUACAGGUCAGAUACCAGACUUUAUAGGAAGUUGGACCAAACUUGUGACUUUGAGAAUUCUUGGAACUAGUUUGAGUGGUCCGAUACCAUCGUCAUUUUCCAACUUAACUUCUUUAACACAACUGAGGCUUGGUGAUAUUUCCAAUGUAAGCUCUUCUCUCGAAUUCAUCAAAGAAAUGAAAUCUCUAAAUAUACUAGUAUUGAGGAACAGCAAUUUCACGGGGACAAUACCGUCUACUAUCGGAGAAUACUCAAGUUUGCAACAAGUUGAUUUAAGCUUCAACAAACUACAUGGACCAAUUCCGGCUUCACUUUUCAACUUAGGGCGACUUACUCACUUGUUUCUGGGAAACAACUCCUUGAAUGGUUCCUUGCCCACUCAAAAGAGGCAGACUUUGAUUAAUAUAGAUGUGUCCUACAAUGAAUUGUCUGGGACUCUUCCUUCGUGGGUCAGCUUACCAAACUUGAAACUCAAUCUAGUUGCUAACAACUUCACCUUGGGAGGUCUUGACAACAGGGUUUUAUCAGGACUGAAUUGCCUGCAGAAGAACUUCCCCUGCAAUCGAGGCAAAGGAAUAUAUUCUGACUUUUCGAUCAACUGCGGAGGCCCACAAAUACGGUCUGUUAGCGGAGCAGUAUUUGAGAGGGAGGACGAGGAUCUUGGACCAGCUUCAUUUGUCGUUAGUGAUGUUCAGAGAUGGGCAGCCAGUAAUGUGGGACUUUUUACCGGAAGUAGCAGUAAUAUAUACACAGUUACUUCACAAUCACAAUUUGUCAACACUUUGGACUCAGAACUUUUUCAAUCAGCAAGACUUUCUGCAUCUUCCCUAAGGUAUUAUGGGUUGGGGCUAGAAAAUGGAGGCUAUACCGUAACACUUCAGUUUGCUGAAAUACAAAUUCUUGGUUCUAUUUCUAACACAUGGAAAGGUUUAGGAAGACGACGUUUCGACAUUUAUGUCCAGGGAAGACUUGUUGAAAAGGACUUUGAUGUACGCAGAACGGCUGGUGACUCUACUGUUCGAGCAGUUCAGAGAGUAUAUAAAGCAAAUGUAUCCGAAAAUUACCUCGAGAUUCAUCUUUUCUGGGCUGGGAAAGGAACAUGUUGUAUUCCUAUCCAAGGGGCUUAUGGGCCAUUAAUAUCGGCCGUUGGUGCAACACCAGAUUUUACACCAACAGUUGGCAAUAAGCCCCCAUCAAAAGGAAAGAACAUGACUGGUACCAUUGUGGGUGUCGUUGUUGGCGUAGGACUUUUGAGCAUCUUUGCAGGUGUUGUUAUCUUUAUCAUUCGAAAAAGAAGAAAGCGGUACACAGAUGAUGAAGAGAUACUUAGUAUGGACGUAAAGCCUUACACUUUUACUUACUCUGAACUGAAAAGUGCAACUCAAGAUUUCGAUUUCUCUAACAAGCUUGGAGAGGGGGGAUUUGGGCCUGUUUAUAAGGGAAAACUCAAUGAUGGUAGAGAGGUAGCAGUGAAGCUGUUGUCGGUGGGAUCCCGGCAAGGGAAGGGGCAAUUUGUUGCAGAAAUUGUAGCAAUUUCUGCAGUUCAACAUCGCAACUUAGUAAAACUUUAUGGGUGCUGCUAUGAAGGAGAUCAUCGUUUGCUUGUAUAUGAAUACCUUCCUAACGGAAGUCUUGAUCAGGCUCUAUUUGGGGACAAGCCUUUACAUCUUGAUUGGUCAACCCGUUAUGAGAUAUGUCUGGGAGUAGCCAGAGGUCUAGUUUAUCUGCACGAGGAGGCGAGGCUUCGCAUAGUGCACAGGGAUGUGAAGGCCAGCAACAUUUUGCUUGACUCUAACCUGGUUCCGAAAGUUUCUGAUUUUGGGCUUGCAAAACUAUACGAUGACAAGAAAACUCAUAUAAGUACCCGAGUAGCAGGGACAAUUGGAUAUCUUGCGCCAGAGUAUGCCAUGCGUGGACAUCUAACAGAGAAGACGGAUGUGUAUGCCUUUGGUGUUGUGGUUCUUGAGCUAGUGAGUGGAAGGCCAAACUCUGUUGAAAACUUGGAGGAUGAAAAAAGAUAUCUUCUUGAAUGGGCAUGGAAUCUACACGAGAAAAGCCGUGAAGUUGAACUAAUUGAUCGUGAGCUGACUGAAUUCAACAUGGAACAAGUGAAACGCAUGAUCGGCAUUGCUCUGCUGUGCACCCAGACAUCUCAUGCCUUGAGACCACCGAUGUCACGAGUGGUGGCCAUGCUUUCAGGGGAUGUUGAGGUCAGUGAUGUCACUUCUAAGCCAGGCUACCUAACCGACUGGAGAUUCGAUGACACCACAAGCUCCUCCAUCAGCGGAUUUCAAACCAAAGAGAGAGGCGUUUCUGAGUCCUUCUCCUCCAUGACGCCUGGCUUCGAGUUGUCACCAAGAACCACGGACUCUAAGCCAAUGCUUGGAGGCAAGAUCAAUGAGGGAAGAUGA